AUGGCUCUCCGCCGCCAGUCGUCAUCGCCCACCGCCAACCUCCUCCGCAAUUCCCGCCUGUUUGCUCUCCCAAACCCUCUCCCACGCCCCAAUGUGGGCCAGACCUACGGCGCGGGCGUUACCAGAGCCUCGGAUACAGCCACUCUUCCCUAUCCCACACAUCAAGCCAUUGCAACAACGAAGAGCUCGUUGGUUCGAGGCGACUGGGGGUUGAAGCGACCGCUGCCCGCGCGAAGUCGUCUGUUGCAGGUCAGCGAUCCCGUGCUACGAGUGACGCAGCUGGACACCAUUGAGCAUGUCACCGACUUUGACUCCGCAGCCGACCAUGUGCGGACAAGGCAAAAAUUCGAAGAGCUCUCUGUGCCAAUGAUGAAGGGCAUGUCGCAGAUGAACGCCUAUGACUUGUCAACUUUACAGCCACUCGGAGCUUUCGAAAAACGCGACGACACAACUUCUUACGAUUCUGCUUUGGGCAUGGACGAGGCUGGUUUAUACCUGCAAGCUCUGAAGGAAAACACCAAGAAGACCGCAAAACGUUUCACCCCGUUCAAGCCGCCACCCGUUGAUGUAGCCGUACACAACAGCAAGAGAUGGAAGCACGAUGGGCCCUGGCUGCCUGGCAUGAAUGCUGACGACUUCACCACGUAUCUGAGCAGAGAAAUCUCAAAACGGCGAUCCGAGUUCAACACCUACCUCCGAGAAUUUGUGAAGAACGAAAUCUACACCACACGUGCUCUCGCCGCUUCCAGAGACGGUGAGAUCGCCCCUAUAGAGGCCGAAGAGGCCGAGAAAUGGAAACAAGAGCGGUCAAAGCAAUGGGCAAAAAUCAGCGAAGACGACAUUCAAACGGGCAUCAAGUCCCUUCGUCGAGAAACAGCCAACAACCCUCUCGCCUCCAAACUUGUCACGAAGCUGAUUCUUCCCUUCUUACGACUACCCACUAUUAAGCUCAAGAACACCGCCUUCCGCGAGAAUGCCUCGGGUCGCGAUAUCGAACAAUACCAGUUUGACACGGAAACCGCGCCUCUAUCUACUCACCCUUCUGCCGGUCUCGGUUACCUCCGAACACGCUCUUAUAUUGCCAACCACCCCAUUCUCGGACCCCAAUCAUCGCCAUCACCAGUGCCCGCGCGAGUAGUCCAGCCCCGGACAUCCAAGGCUAGAGAAACUUACGCCAAACUCGGUGUCGGCGGCUUCGUGACAAACGACCAAUACCGCAGCACUGACAUAUCUGUAUCCAGAACCGCAAACAGCAACAAUGCUCGGGAUGUAGAGACGAUCGACAUCGACACUCCCGGCGGCAAGAAGGUCCUCGUGCAGCCACUGUUCGGUAGCGUCAGUAACGAUGGCCGCAUUCACAUCAAGAUUAAGCGUUCCGUUGGCCCUGAAGUUCAAGUUGCCCGCGGCGAGCUGGACGAUAAGCCACCGGUCAGGGAAAACGCCAUGGACGAUAAUGAAGUGCUCAAGGGCCUAGGGCGCAAGGAUAGUGGGAUCAAGGAGCUGGAUGAACAGAGCGCCAAGGCCAGACAAUUGAGCGACUUCUUGGGCGGCAUGAGGCCUGAGAGCGGGGGAAAGGGUACGCCAGGACGAGGGUUCCCGGGAGUCGGGGACGCGUUGAGGUGA